AUGCCGUUUCAAAGGCGGAUAGCGUCAAAAGCAACUUCCUCAAGUGGUUUUGUAGCCGAAUCAAAAGGCCUCGUUGUUUUGACUGGAAACUCUCACCCUGACCUCGUCAAGCGCAUUUGCAAACAACUGACUAUUCAACCAUGUAAAUCUGUUACAUCAAAGCAUUCUAAUAGAGAGACAAAGGUUGAGAUUCAAGAAACUGUUAGAGAGGAAUGUAAAGGCCGUGAUGUGUACCUCAUUCAAACGGGUACAUUGCACGUGAACGAUGAUAUAAUGGAACUUUUAAUUUUGGCCUUCGCAUGCAAAGCUGCCUGCGCUAGGCGAGUUAUUCUUGUGGUUCCAUACCUUCCUUAUUGUAAGCAAAAUAAAAUGCGCAAGCGUGGCUCCAUUACUUGCAAACUUAUUGCUCAAUUGAUCUGCUCAACUGGUAUUGACCAUGUCAUCACAAUUGACCUACAUUCGAAGGAAAUCCAAGGUUUUUUUGAUGUCUCGGUGGAUAAUUUGCGUGCUUCACCAUUUUUGAUCCGCUAUAUCAUGGAGACGAUCUCGGAUCAUCGAAACUGCGUGAUUGUUGCAAAAGACCCAAACAGUGUUGCUAGAGCUACGAGCUAUGCUGAACGUCUUCGUGUCUCUUUGGCUGUCAUCCAUGGUGUUGAUCGUGAGGACACCGAGCGAACUGAUGGCCGAACUUCGCCUCCGCCAAUGGAAGGCGAGAUUAAAGAUUGGGAUGCGAAUGGGAUGGUUAGCGAUUUUAUGUCCCAAGAUGGCGAAAUUUUGCGCAGACCGAAAUUGGAGGCUUGGGGUGCCAACGGAGAUGAUCAGGAAAACAUACCCAAAUUGACCGUUUCGGUCCCCACACACAGAAAACGCACUUCUGAAUCUAUCAAUUCGAGCGGUCUGGAGCCGGAACCCCUGACCUCACCGUUCGUGCACAACGUGUUGGACUUCCUUCCGGCACUGCAGGAGAAGGAGAAACCACCGCUCAAUCUGGUGGGUAACGUGAAUGGUAAAAUUGCCAUCAUUGUGGACGAUAUUAUUGAUGAUGUGGACGACUAUGUCACAGCUGCGGAACUUCUCCACUCCAGGGGCGCCUACAAGGUGUACCUCAUAGCCACCCACGGUCUGCUGACAGGAAAUGCGGCUGAGAAGAUAGAGCAGAGUCUUUUGGACGAGGUAGUGGUCACCAACACAGUACCCCACGAGGUGCAGAAAAUGCAGUGCCACAAGAUUCGCACUGUGGAUAUCUCGCCUUUGCUGGCCGAGGCCAUCCGACGCAUCCACAAUGGGGAGUCCAUGUCCUAUCUCUUCAUGAAUGUCUCCAAAAAGGAUUAG